AUGGCUGCAGUCGCCGAGAACUCGAUCGGGUCGGACGAUCGCCAGUUCCCCCAUCGUGGAACUCCCUCCUCUCCUCCCCCAUCAUCGCCAUCUUCCGAUCCCGCGUCUGACUUCCGAAAUGGCGUCCGGGACCUGGUCAAUCUCCUGUCCAAGCUUAACCCGUCGGCCGAGGAAUUCGUUCCAUCCUCCAAAUUUACUUCCCCCACGAAGGCGAUCGCCUCCGCUGGCGCGAAGCCCAAUGGAAUUCUGUCCCCCGACGCCCCAAUCUUUGUUGCGGCCGGCGGCGCUGAGGUCGAUUUUGGGAAUCUCAAGGACUCCGGCAACGACGUGUUGAAUAACUCCCGCAGGGUACAACCUUCUCUUAUUCCUCGUCGUUCUCCCUUUGAUCAAAAUCACAGCGAUGUCUACAACUACCCUGUCCGUUUCUCAAUCCGCUACGAUCGUUUCUCCCACUUGUUCAUGGCGCCCGGUUUCACCGACUGGUUCUUCCAUCCGAAGAAAAUUGCAGCCCGAUAUAGAAGCUGAUGGAGAAAUGAUACCAAACUCGUCGAUCCAAGCGGGUUCUCAGGACCCUUUUAAGCUCAUGCUGGCAAAAAAAUUCCUGACAGAUUGGUUUAUUUCUGCAGAAGAAGAAUUACAGUAGCCGAGGGAAGAAGAUAAACGAGAGGGUCCUAAAUGCUCAAAGAGAAGACAGCAUCCGGAGAACUGUCUACGUUUCUGAUAUUGAUACCAAUGUAUGACGGCAUCUGCCCACUGUUGUGACUUUUGUGUUGGAUCUCUUGUGAUCAAAUCGUUUCUACCCGUGUUCUUCUUUCAUUGGUCUCCAACGUCGUCAAGCAGUCGAUUCUGAUUUCGUUUGAGCCUUGUUUUCUUGACAGGUGACCGAGGAGCAGCUUGCUGCACUUUUUACGAGUUGUGGGCAAGUAAGUUUAAUGAGUUUAAUUUUUCAUAUUUAUUUCCGUCUUCACCCGUCGGAUUUCUACAAGUAAAGACCAGAGAGAGAAGUUAUCCUGCCAUAGCUCUUCCUUCUAAUCAAUUGUCACGAUUUUAAGACAGCCUGAUAGACUCCUUACUGACAGUUGACCAUCGAAGAUUGCUGUCAUCAGCGAAUAUCCUACCCCCUCAUUAUCAUCACUGUCUUAAGUCGUCUUUUUAACAAUCUCAUCCUUUCAGAUCUCUACAUAAUAACCUGUAUUUUAAUAAUAUGGGUUUGCAGCAGCUGAUCCAAUUCUUAGAUAUGAUCGAUGUGUAUCCACUUGGGCAUUAUCCAGUGCAAACUUCUCCGUAGAGCAAUCUCUCGGUCAAUGCCAAAGCUUUAUAUUGUGCCCUGUAUUUUUUUCUAAAAAUCCCCCGCUACUUGUAGAAGUACUUGUAAUCUUGUUGGAACCUCUUGAGUACUCUGAGGUUCUUGUUACAUUCUCAAUGUAGUUCCUUACGUUUUCAACUUUUUCAUCUAAUUUGUUUUUUAUAUUCAAUCAGUAGAUGAAAGCAGAGGUGUUUUAUGUACAGAUUUGGUCUUUUUUUCUGCGGGAUCUUGAGGAAGAUCACAUUUUUUGAUUUUUUACAUUGAGAACUUCCGUUUUACAGUAACAUUUAUAUAUUUUAUAUGCUUUGAAUUUUUCUAGCAUUGUCCUCCCCUAAAAUGAAUUAGCUGAGAAAGAUGAGGAAUUAUGAUACAGUAUUUGUUUUCUUUCCCCUACCCAUCAGAUAAUUCUGGAGCUGAAGGCAUGGGCUUUUUUUAAAACCAGUAAAUAAUAUUUCAAUGUUAUAAAAUGGUGAAUUUCAGGGUUGGAAGUGAUUUUACAUUAUUUUAUAAGGAAGUUAAAUAAACAAAAAGCCAAUGGACCGCAGUGGUGGGAUAUUUGAAGAAACAGCAAUUUGUCUGCAACGUUGAGACAUUUAAAUUUGUUUAAACCCAAUAUUAUCUAUUUUAGGUGAAUUUUCUCCGGAUUCAGGUCACUGUCUAUCUGUCAUGAAAAUGGUUUCAUAUAGCUGUUCUCGUGCAUCACCAUAUUCCUGCUGCAGUGGCUCAUCGGGCACUGCAUCUAUUAUGGUGUGCAUCAAUUUAUCUGCCCUUUCUGAUUUGCCUGAAGGUCCUGGACUGCCGUGUCUGUGGCGACCCUCACUCAAUCCUCCGUUUUGCCUUCAUAGAGUUUGCCGAUGAACGUAAGUUCCCAUCAAACCGCUCUUCUUCUACUACUACUACUACUACUACUCACAAUGCCGAACCUGUAUGUAACAGAGGGUGCGAGGGUAGCACUGAAUCUUGGGGGGACCGUGCUCGGAUACUAUCCAGUCCGAGUGUUACCUUCAAAAACUGCCAUCUUGCCAGUGAAUCCCACAUUUCUACCACGGGUGUGCAUUCCUGAACCCCCCCCCCCCUCCCCUGAGUAUCAUCUUCCCUUUUCCCUCUUGAGAAUCAUCUUGCGCUGGAUUCUGAUGUUGGGCUCUGGCAUGCAGUCUGAAGAUGAGAGAGAGAUGUGUGCAAGGACAGUUUAUUGUACAAACAUCGAUAAGAAGGUAUUCUGGGUUGACUUUUUUUAUUUCUUUUGAGGGUGGUCAAACACUGUGGGAUCCUUCUGGGUGCUUUUGACACGCUUUCUUCUUGUCAACUCUUUUUUUUUUUUUUCCCAUCUCACGAGUUGCAUCUAUGUCCUCGGUUCAGGUGACGCAGGCAGAUGUCAAAGCAUUUUUUGAAACAUGCUGCGGCGAGGUCAGCGCUGUUUCUCAGGCCCCUUUGUUCUCGGUCAAUGAUAAAAAAGGGAGAGCUCUUCGUAACAUGAUUUGUUUUGAGCAGGUAUCCCGUCUGAGGCUCUUAGGGGAUCAUGUGCACUCCACACGCAUUGCCUUUGUUGAGUUCGUCCUGGUAAGGAUCCCAGAACAUCGUCGCUUCAUCUCGUUCAGAGAGUUUCACGCGUUGACCUCUCUUUUAAAGUAACUGAUAAUACAGCACACUGUUUUCGUAUCGGCAUCUGGAUUCUAGUUUUGAAAUUUUCCCUUAGUCCAUCUAAUUCCAGCAAGCAUGUGAAGCAGAUGAUAUCUUUUCUGUGCGUAGUCCACGUUCAAAGAAGCUAGAAUCGUUCUUACAAAAAUAUUUUCCAAUUUAUCGAGGAAGAAUAUUGGGAAAUUACUAGUCUCUCUGGGUGUGUUUCUUUAGCAUAAUUUUAUUAAUACUCUCUGGAGUGCAGCAUUAAAUAUGUAAAAAUCAGGCAUUAAGUCAACGUAUCUGCUGUUUUUACUAUGAACUGGAUACGUUUUAGUAGCUUGCCACCUCUUCUUUUUUUUUUUAUUGCAACAUCAUCUAUAGCCAAAAUGAAGAUGGAACAAUGUGGUCUAGGAUUAUGAUAUGUGCGUCUAAUGAUCAGCAAUUCCUAGAUGUGGGAUCAUGCUUUCAACCCAAUAAGUGAGGCGUUUAAUGUGUCUUUCAUCGUGAGAGCAUUAUUCACUCCAGGAAAUGGAACACGAAGCAGAAUCCUAAGAAAAAAUAAUUGAUAUGUCGAUCAAACUGCGGAAUCAUUUGGAAUCAGACUGUGAUCAGCCUGAAAAUGAAGAUGGCCAGGUGGAACUCUCAUGUAUAGAUUCAGUAGCUAAUGAAUAAAUAUCUUUUUAGGUCAUUCAAUUUAAAGUAUGUGAAUAAUUUUUCCUUUUAGGUUUUUUUCUGUAUUUUCUUAUUCAAUCUUUUGUUAGGUUUUCCUUGCUGGAUUUUUUUAUUUAGCCCUUGAAUUUAAAUCAAGUUUACGACUUAUGAAUCUUUCUUUCAGGUUUUUCUGCUGGGUUCUUGUUGUUGGUGUAAUUUUUAAAAAAAUUCAUAGAUACGUCUUCUUUUUUCGGUUCUUGACUGGGUUUCUUUAUCUUCUCAUUAAAAUUUAUUAAAUUUAUUUAAAUUGCAUAUUUGGUCGAAUAAUAUGAUUAAUUUUGCAACUAUUUUAUGCAGUUAUAUCGAUUUCUUCGAGUAGAAUUAGGAAAAAUGGCCAAUUGAUUGUUCUCUCUCUAGAAAGAAAAAAAGAAACUGUAACUUUUCCCCAUUUUCUCUCUCUGAGCUCUCCCGUCCUCUGCUUCUCCUCGUGGCAGGCGGAGAGCGCCCUGAUCGCGCUGAACUGCAGCGGCAUGCUUCUGGGAGCUCUUCCAGUCAGGUAUGGCAGAUCUGAGAUGGAUGCCCUCCUCCCGCCCCCUGCGCAAUGCGCUGACUUCAGCCGCCUUCUGACUAUGAGCUCCCUUGAAAAAAUUCCAGGGUCAGCCCCUCGAAGACCCCCGUGAGGCCGCGGGUCCCUCGCGCGAUGAUGACUUGA